AUGAAGAUAAUUUAUCGCCUAAUCUCUUACUGCUAUUUAUGGUUACCUAAAAAACUUUAAAAGGCUCUUCAAAAAAACCUAUUCUAACAGUAAGAAAUUGAAUAGAUAUUUAAAGUAUUGAAUAUAUUUUAAAGUAGAUUGAAUUUUCGAAUGGAGAAGUUUAAAAGCUUGUAAAUUUUGAGAUUUAGAAUAAUCAAAUAAAUCUUAUUAGUGUAAUGAUUAUUUCUAUUUGUUUUAGGUUAAUCUUAUUUUAAUGAAAUUAGUUGAUAAAAUUCUUAGAACAGAGAAUCUGAUAAUUUUGACUCUUAUCAUAAUAGCUCUAUCAGGAAAUACCUAUCAUGAAGAUUAAACUGGACAAAUCAUAGUUUUAUUUUCUUUAAUUUGUUAUUUAUUAGAUAAAUUGCAAUAUUUAAUUAAUCUUUUGAUUAUCAGUUAUUAAAGGUGGAAAUAACAAUCUAUUAUUAACAACUAUAAAUGCCGCAUUUUUUAAAAAUUUCCAAAUAUUUCAGAUGAGGAAAUCUAAAAAAUGGAAGAGAAUAAUUAAGAUUAUAUUGAGUAACUAAUAUCAACUAAAUAGAUUUAAGUCCUAUUAAACAAUUAAGUGGUUUGAAUUAUAAGUUGGAUAGAUAGUAUGUUUAAAACAUGGAAAAUAAAGUCCAGCUGAUCUUUUAAUUCUAGAUUCAAGUUAAGAAUAAGUAUUAGCUGAUUUUGAAUUACGAAUUCCAUGUCCUUGUACAUUUGUUAAUGUAAAUCAUAAUAAUAAAGGUAAUAUUAUGGAUUUUAUAACUAAAUUAAAUGGAUCAAUCUAAUUCACUACUUAAGAAACAAUAACUGGAAGUAUUAAGUUGAAAAAUGAUCCUAAAGCUACAUCAUUUAAUUAAAAGAAUAUGAUAAUGAGAGGAGAAAUUAUGGAUAGAGCAGAUUGGAUUUUUGGAAUGGCUAUAAGAGUUGGUGAUGAUUGUAGAAGUGUUUAAAAGAGUCUUAAUAAUCAAAGUUUUUAAUCAAAAAGUUGGUUAAGAGAAUUUCAUACCUAAAUAGUAUGUUUAAGUGGUAUAUUAUUUUCAAUAUGCUUCAUUCCUAAUAUUAUAUAUUCAUCACUAAUUUAGACUGAAUAUUUUUUUGAUAGCUUAAUCUAUUGUUUAUUAAUUUUACCACAAACUAUAUUGCUAGUAGAAAAGAUAUGGUAUUUUUUUAUUCUAUUAUAUAACAAUUAAUUAUUUGCAAAAUACUAAAUUUAAUAAGCCUUAAAAGAUUCUAAAUCUAGGGUUUUGAAAACUAAAACUUAAGAAAAUACUAUAUCUAUAACAUCCUAAAAUGAAAGAAAAAUUUUGAUGCCUAUAAAAAAGAACUUUAUCUUAAGUCUUAUACCAGCAUCUAAUUAAUUAAAGAUAAUUAAGCAUAAUAGCAAUAAACAAAAUAUCAGUGGAUUUUUAACUUUGGCACCUUAAAGCAUUUUAGAUUUAAUUUAAACAGAUAUUAUAGUUUUUGAAAAUCCAUAAAAUUUAUUUAAAGCAUCUCCAAAAGUUAUUUAAUUAGUUUAGAAUUUUAAAAAUUAUCAAUUUAAUCAUGAUAAAUUAAAAGAUUUAAUAAUAAAAGCUUCACCACAAUAAAAAACUAAUUGUGAUAAAAUGUUAUUAGAUACGAAUCGUUAAUAAACUUAAGAUGAAAUGAAAACUUUGGAUAUUGAAAUGUUAAUUUAAGAAAAAAGAGUACCUGAUUUAAGAAAUUUAUAAGAUUCAUUUGUAUCUACAAAAUCAAUGAAGAAAAUACAAUUUAUGAGAAAAGAUACACUUUCUGAUUAUAAAUAAUAAGAGCCAAAAUUAAAUAAUGGUAUAGGAAAAAAAAAAAGUUCUAGAUAUAUUUUUGAGUAAUCUUUUGCUGCAAAACCUAAUAAUUAAUAUAAUUCUCAAGAUAGUAGUAAAGAUACAUCAAAUAAUAAUCCAAGUGCAUCAUUCUAAUCUCCACCCAUCUUAAAAUAAAAAACUUAAUUUAUUCGUACUGCUAAUUUAUUUAAACACAGUUCUUCAUCUUUUUAAAAUUCUUCAUCAAAAUUGAAUGAAAUUAAUUAAGAUAGAUUAGUAGGAGAUAUUCUAAAUGAAUAAGAUUUCAUUGAUGUAUUAUAUAAUAAAGAUGAUACUAUUCAUAAUGAAAUUUUAAUAAUGAUGUUAAUUACAAAUAGUGCUAUGACUCUUUAUAAUGAAAAAUUAUAAAAAUUAGAAAUCAAUUUUGAAAAUAAGUAUGAUUAAUCUAUACUUUAAUUUACUGAAUUAUUUGAUUAUUGUCUUGUAUGUGCUACUGAAAUUGAAAACUCAAGACCAGAAUUCAAUAUGAAAACUAUUAUAAAAAAGGUUAUAACAAUUUCAAAUGUUUCUAAAAUAUUUGAUGUUUUGACUUUUUUAGAACCUACUGAAAACAGGAAAAAUAUAUUAUCAGUACUUGUUAGAGAUCCUGAAUCCUUUCUUUUAGAUGAAGGAGCAUUAUUAUAUUCACGUAUUGAAACCAGUAAUUUUGGUUAAUAGGAAAAUAAAUAUAAUGAAUUUUUAUCAGAAAUGACAUGGGAUGGAUAAAAAACAUUUUUGUAUACAAAGAAAUAAUUAGAUUAAGUUUAAACAGAUGAAUUUUUAAAAAAACUUUCAGCAAUCUAUGAAACUUAUGGUAAUAGGUCUCAUGAGAUAGAAAAAUUAUUUAUUGAAUUAGAAUAGUAAAGUGAACCCAUGUUUGCUAUAGGAAUUAAAUCACACAAUUCAAAUUGCUUAGUACUCUCUUCUUAAGAAUUAAAUUAUGAUAUUUUAGAUUAGGAUAAAAUAUUUUAAAAUUUAUACAACUUUAAUUUAAAACCAUGUUUUGUUACACAAUAUAAUUAUGAUGAACUUUUAAUAUUUUUAAGAAGCUUUUAAAUUAUCCGGUCUAAAGAAUAAAUUUUAGAAUUAAAAGAAAAAGAUAAAUAAUAAUUAUAAUUUAAAGUUAAAUAAUAUUUUCAAGCAUUAUUAGAAUAAUAAAAUACAAAUUAAAACUAUGAUAAAUUUAUUAUCGUUAGUUCUGAAGCUUUUAAUACCAUUCGAAAAGAUGACUAUUUGAAAUAUCAUUUUAUAUUAAUUGUUUAAUUUUCAUUUGGAUUAGGAGCAUAUUCAUUUACAAGUAGCUAAAAAGGAAAAUUAAUUAAAUUACUUAAAAUGGCUGAUAAAAAGAUUCUUACUAUUGGUAAUUCUUUAGAUAAUGGAUAUAUGUUUUCUAAAUCAGAUAUUUCAGUAAGUUUAAUGAAAAAUAAGUCAUUAAUAUCUAUCUUACAUCCAAAAUUCGUUACAUUUAAUAUGAAAUAAAUUUUUAGAAUGCUUUUUAUUUAUUGUCCCAAUUAAAUGUUAAAUUACCUAGCUAUAAUGGAAGUUUAAUUAUAUAGAUGUACAUUAAUAGGACUAAUUAUUUUUGCUAGUGAUUUUGAAUUCAAAAACAUGAAUAUGUUUUAUCUCCUGUUAUUUUAUUUGAUUCCAAGCAACUUGUUAUCAAGCAUUUAAAAUUACUAUCUAUUUGUCUUACAUACUAAACAAUAAUUGAAAAAUGCAAAUAAUUAUUCAAGAUUGUUAUCAAAUUUAAAAAAUAAGAUAUUAUUUAAGUAGGCAAUAAAAGUAAUUUUUAUAGCAAUAAUCGAUUUUUGUAUAUUAAUUUUAAUUCAAAAUUCCAUAUUAAAUUACGUUUCCCCAAAUGGUAAAGUUGAUUAGACUUAAUAAAUAAUUUUAUUAUAUAUAGCUUUAGAGAUUUUGGAAAAAUCUAAAAUUUUAUUUUAUGUAUUUUCUCUUUAAUCAAAGAUGUAACAAUUCAUAAUACAUUUAUGUGUGACAAUAAUAAUGACGACAAUUUUGAUUAUUAUAUUUAAUUUAGUAUAGAUAAGUGUAGAUUAAUAAAAGAUUAUUGAAGAGUUUGAUACAGAAAACUUAGUAGCUUUUAUUUUUAUUUCUAUAUUUGUACUUGGUCUUUCAUAUAUCUUAUAGGAAACCUUAUAAAUAUGCUCUAUUGAAUUCGCACUACCAUCUGACUUAUAUUCACUUGAUUAAAAUUAUCAAGAAAUAGUAUAAUUAAAGAAUAAUAUAACAUCUUCAAAUUCUCUUAGUGAAUUUGAAGAUGAGAAACUUAAAAACUUUAAUUAAAAAUUAAAACAAUUAACUGAUUAAUUAUUUGAUAAUAAAGAUAUAAUUGAAGAAUGUAUAACUAAAUAAAUUAAAGGAGAUUAAUCUCUUAUUGAUGAAAUGGAUAAACUUCAUGGUUUUUAAGACAAAAAAACAGAAUCAUCAUUUUAAGACUUUUUUAGAGAAUAAAAUAAUCAUAGAUUUAAUAUUGUUUAUGCAUUUAUCUUUUAUGAUAUAAGCAUAAUAAUUAUACAUUUUUAUGAAAUAUUUAUUGAAGAAACAUUUUAGUUCUCAAUUCUUAUAACUGCUAUAAUAUAAUUUGUAAUAUAAAUUUUUAUAGCAUUUUUAUAAUUUAGAGUUAUAAAUGAUAAAAAGGUUAAACAAAAUUUAUAAAUUUUCUCUUAUAUUUUAAGAUUUAUUUUUUAAAUAAUAAUUGAUAUUUUGCAUUUUGAAUCAGAAUAAACUUUUAUAGGAUUUUUAUUUAAUUUUUAAUUCAUAUUAGCAUUUGCAAUGACUUCUCAACCAUAAAUCUCAAUAUUAAUGUAUUCAGCUCUUUAAUUAAUAAAUUAUGUGAUUAAUUUACUGUCAGAUGGAUUUACAAUGAAUUAUAAAGAUUAUAAAGUUCUAAUAUUUUGUAUUUCAAAGUAUAGUUUACUUUUAAUAGAAGUAUCUUAUCCAGUUUUUUAGAUGGUUGAGAAAACCUAAUUUUUAUAAAGAUCAUUUUAUAUAUACUAAAAUAGAUUAAAUAAUGAGAAAAAGAAGAUUAACAAUAUCCUUGGAUUAUUAAUGCCUAGAUUUAUAUAGGAGAGAAUGAAUAAGGGAUAAAUUCAGAUAUCAUAAGAUUAAGGAGAUGUAACAGUUCUAUUUUGUGAUAUUUAUUAAUUUGAUAAGGUGAUAAAAUUUGAAUAGGAAAAUAUAUUAGAUUUUUUAGAUACCCUUUACAGAGCAUUUGAUUAACUUUGUUAGACCUAUGAUUUAUAGAAGAUUGAGACAGUAGGUAAAACUUAUAUGGCAGCUGGUGGUCUUAAAGAUUAUGAUGCAGUUAUAAGUAUUAUUAAAUAAAUUAAAAAUAGAUUAAAAAAAUGCAAAUAGUACAACAAGAGCAUUAGAAACAGCAAUAGCUAUGAUGGAAACAGUAAAAACAAUGAAGUAUGGUGAUAAUUAAGAUGUCAAACUUAAAAUAGGAAUUCAUUAUGGAAGAGUAAUUGCUGGAGUUAUUGGAUCACAUAAACCAUAAUUUUCUUUAAUAGGAGAUACUGUUAAUACAACUAGUAGAGUAUGCAGUACAAGUGAAGCUGGUUUUGUCACCUUAAGUGAAUCUGCCUAUAAUCAUAUAAAAGAUACUACCAAAUAUUAGUUUGAGUAAAAAUCAGUAGCUGCAAAAGGAAAAGGUACAAUUGAAACUUUUAGGCUAAAAAUAUAUACUAAAGAGAAAGAAUCAAGUAAAAUUAUCACUCCAAAAGUAUGUUUUGAAAAAAGUGAAAAGAAUUAUGAACCUGAAUGUAAAGUUACAGUUAUGCCUUUGAAAAAUUCAGAAAAUACUAAAACCCCUCUCAAAAGUGUAAUGAAAAGAGCCUCUAUCAUGAAUUAAGCAUGUCUUAUUACUGAUGCAAAAUCUCCAUAAGUUUUAUUUAAAUAAAUUUAAAAAGAUAUUAAAAAUAAAUAAUAACCUUUGGCAAUUAUUAAAAAAAGAUCAUCUAUUGAACAGGAUUGUAAGGAUUUAGAUUUUAAGAGAUUAAAUUCCUAAAAAUCAAGAUCCGGAUCUAUUUUUGAUGUAAUAUAAUAUAUUUCAUAAAUAGAAUGAUAAUUAAUCAUAAGUUUAUUAGAAAGCAAAAACUCCAGCUUUAAAAAGUACAAUGAGGAAUAGUAUAUCAGCUCAUAAAAGAUUAGUAAGAUAAUCUGAAGAUGCAACUAAUACUAAUAAUGGUAAUGUUGCUACUUUAUAAUAAAUUUCUAUGACUCAUUUUUCGUAAAUGGAUGUGAAAACUUAACCAUAAUUAAAUUAAAUUUAAAUCCAAAAUAAUUAAAAUAAUAACAAUAAUUAAUAACCAUUAAUUAAUUCUUUUUAAUAAACAUCUUAAAAUCAAUUACUUUUAAUUGCUGAACAUCCAAGUAAGGAAAGCUUAUAGUAAGAAAAGAAUGAGGAUGAAGUUUAAAUUCCUUAAUAAUAAACUUAAAAUUGGAUUUAAAGGCCUUAAAUAAAAAAGAAAGGAACUAUAAUAAUGGCUGACUUAGUAUAAUAAAGAAAAAGUGGUUUUAUUAAAUCAAGUACAAGAAUUAUAGUUUCUGAUGAAAAAGAAAAAGAAAAGAUAGUAAAAAUAGCAUAAAUUGAUAAUAAUGAUUAAUAAACUGAAUAAAUUGUAAAAAGGUAAAUAACAAAAUAAAAAUCUAUAAAACCUAUUUAAUAAGAAUCUUCUGAUUCAGCAAUAAGAAAGUAGAAUGAUAACUUAUAUGAAAAGUUUGAAGAGUUAGAAAUAAAUAAAAGAUAAGGAAUUUCAAUGCUUCAGAAGAAAUUGGAUCUUAUGAAAUUGAAGAAUAUCAAAAAAUUUAAAUUAGAUUUUGAGAAAGAUUGCGAUUCUGAAUAAUUUAAAAGCUUUUAUGAUAGCAUAGAUCAAAUUUCAUACUAUUAAAUUUAUGAGGAAUAUAAGGAUCAAGAAUUAAUAAAUCUUAGAUAGACUUAUUCAUUUUUAUUAAUACUAAUAGUUCUUAAAAAUUUAUUAUACUUUAUAUUAGAUGAUUUAAGUGCAAGUACUCAUAUUGGAUUACUAAUAUCUUUAUUAUUUUAAAUAACUUUAAGUUUAGGAUUAGCGAUUCCAAUUUAUAAAUAUAGAGAAUAAUAAAACUUUUAAAAACUAAAAAUUUUUGGAUUUAUUUAUUUCAUUAUAAUAAAUCUUUUGAAUCUUCUUGUUAUAGAAUUUAGUGAUGUAUCAGAGUUUUAAAUAAUUUUAUAAGCUUGCUAAAUAACAACAAUAUAUAUAAAUUUAUUCUAUUUAUAAAUGUUAAUAGUACAAGACAAAUAUAAAUUAUUAAUAACCUAUAUAAUUUUAUUAACCUUGAUAACUGUGUAUGAAAAAUUUGUAUUGGAAAUAUUAUUUUUUGGUUUGAGUAUAAUUGGAUUAACAUUUUAUUCUCAAUAUUAAGUAAAUCAAAUUUUAGUAAAAAAUUAUAAAGUAAGUUAAUAAUUAUAAUUAUAAAUCGCAAAGUAUGAAAAUAUGUUAUAAUAUUUAAUGCCUCCACAUGCAUUAAAACGUUUAUUACAACCAGAUUAAGAUAAUACAGAAACUUUCAUUGAUGUGUUAGAAAAUGCAACAGUACUAUUUGCAGAUAUUGCAGGAUUUACAAAAUAUUCUAGUUCUGUAGAGCCAGAAACAGUAGUAGAAAUGUUGAGAAAUCUCUUUUAAACUUUUGAUGAAUUUUGUUAAAUGACUUAAGUUUACAAAUUGUUUACAAUAGGAGAUUGUUAUGUUUGUAUGGGAGUUAUGGAUUUAAAUUAAAGAGAUCCUGCUGAAGAAGUAUUUUAUAUAAAUAAAUAUAUUAAGGCUUAAAAUGUAUUGGUUUUCGGGUUAAAAAUGAUUUAAAUAAUAAAUGAUUGUAAUAAAGAUCCUUAAUAUUAACAUUUAAAUAUGAGAAUUGGAGUACAUACAGGUAAAGUACUUGGAGGAGUAGUAGGUACAGAUGUUGUAAGAUAUGAUAUUUAUGGUGAAGAUGUUACUAUUGCUAAUCUUAUGGAAUCAUCAGGCUCUGUAUUUAUUUCUACUUAUUCUAUUUUAGGAAGGAAAAAUGUUAGUAAGUGAACAUACUAAAAAUUUAAUUGAAAGUGUUUAUGAAGAUUUCAAAUUUGAUUAUGCUAAAGAUGUUUAUAUUCCUUCUAAAGAUAUUACAUUACCUACUUUCUUUGUACAACUCAAUGAUUUAGUGUUUAGUUAGGAUGAAUGA